AUGGGAAAGCAGAAUGAAACAGUGACUGAGUUCAUCCUUAAAACUUUCACAGAAGAUCGUCGGAUGCAGCAUUGCUUAUUUGGUAUCUUCCUGCUUAUCUACCUAUUAACAGUGCUUGGUAAUGCUGGUAUAAUUGCCCUUAUCCAAACAGAUCCGCUACUAAACACCCCUAUGUAUUUCUUUUUAAAAAACUUGUCCUUUUUAGAUAUAUGUUACGCUACUGUAAUCGCACCUCAGACUUUAACAAACCUUUUAACGAAUAAUACAGUGCUAUCUUUCAGCCGCUGUGCAGCUCAGCUCUUUUGGUUUGCUGGAUUUGGAAUUACCGAAUUACUUCUCCUAGCUUCUAUGGCGUAUGAUCGAUUUGUGGCUAUCUGUCGGCCCUUGCUUUACAGGGUUGUAAUGACACCGAGAUUAUGUUACUGGCUUCUAGCAAUAUCUUAUAUAGGAAGUUUUGGUUUAUCUGUUAUUCUUUGUUGCUUUAUUUUGAAUUUAUUCUACUGUGGCCCGAAUAGGGUCAACCAUUUUUUCUGUGAUGGACCGCCCUUGAUAAAAUUAGCAUGUGGGGACAAGAAAUUAGUUCAGCUCCUCCUGUUCAUUCUGGUGGGGUCUACAGAUGUUUUGACACUUCUAACAAUUCUUAUUUCUUAUUUAUUUAUUAUAUCAAGCAUAUUAACAAUACAGUCAGCUAAAGGGAAAUGGAAAACAUUCUCUACGUGUUCAUCACAUCUAACGUCUGUCUUCAUUCUGUACGGAACUGUCAUUUAUAUGUAUUUGCAGCCUCCAUCAGACUCACCAGAGACCCAAGAUUGGUUUGUAUCUGUUUUUUACACCAUGAUUAUUCCAAUGCUUAACCCCUUAAUCUAUAGUGUGCGAAAUAAUCAAGUUAAAGAGGCUUUUAAAAAGAUUCAUGCAAGAUACAUAGAGCAAAGUAUCAGGAAUAAAAGGUGGCUAUAA